CACUUGUGGGAUCAUGCGUCGACGACAGCAGUCAAAAUAGAACUUAGCGCCAUAGGAAAGGGGAUCUCAAUGCUUUCCAGUCGCUUCCUCUCUCUUGCUUUCCUUCUCUUCAUCCAUACUGACCUGUGACACAUAGACAGGUAAAAGCAGAUAACCUAAGCCUAGGUUUCCCUACUUCUGCAUUGUCAAUUAGGCAGGGAGAGAAGGAAGCCUUAUUAUACGAUUGAGAUGCGCACACGGUGCUGGCAGAAUAGUAGUACGGCGCAGCACGCGCCCAAUAAAAAAUGCAUUYGCUAGUUCUCUAAACAUUUUCCUGUAUYACAUGKUCUGAAUGGAGCAACAUGUUCUAAUGUUUUUUAGCAGAUAUAAUUUUGUGUUUUAUUUUCAGUAACAAAUAUUUAUUUAUGCGCGUCGACAGUGUAAAUAGAGCAAUGAACACGUCUGCUGGGACGGGAGUUUUUAUCUUGUCCUUGACAUCAAUACCCAUUUCCUUUUUCUUUAACUCUCUGAUCUACACUAACAGCAUUGAGACAGUCUUUUUCGCUGGAUCUACAACUGUUCUUAUCUUGGCUAUUUCUGCAUGCUUUCUAUUCAAGAAGAAGGCACCCAGAGACCCUCUAUUCUAUGUGUUUGCAGUGUAUGCAUUCCUGAGUGUGGUAAACCUGAUCAUUGGUCUGGAGCAGGACAGUAUCAUCGAUGGUUUCAUCACCUUCUAUCUCAAAAAUGCAGACCCCUACAUUAACACGGCCCAUGGACACAUGAUCUCCUAUUGGGAUGGAUGUGUCCACUAUCUCAUGUACCUGCUCAUGGUUGCAGCUAUAACCUGGGGGGCAAGCUACAGAGCCACCGGCCUGUACUGGGUGGGGUCCAUUCUCAUGCGCAUCAUCGUCUACAUUCCUGGAAAUGUUGUGGGUGGGAAGUAUGGUACCCAGCUGAGCCCUCUGUUCCUGGUCACAUUCUACGUCGUGGUGUCGGUGUGGGCCUGCUUCCGCGUCUUCAGCCAGUCCGCCACCAGACAGGCUCGGACAAUGAGUAUCAAUGAGGCCCAGAGGACUACGCUGGUGGAGAGGCCCCUAGACUUUCUGUUUGUCAUCUACCUCGUCCCUGCUACAUUUUUCUGUGUCUUCAGAGGCCUGGUGGCCCUGGACUGCCCGACAGAGUGGUGUCAGGAGUACACACAGCUAUAUGAGCCUUACCUGAAGGACCCCUCAUCUUAUCCUAAAAUACAGAUGAUAGUGAACAUGCUUUACUCCGGUCCGUACUACAUCAUUGCGCUCUACGGGCUGCUCGUGCCUGGGUGUGAGUGGAUGCCUGACCUCACUCUGGUCCACUCUGGGGCAAUAGCACAGGUGAGUGGGGAGCUUAGAAAUAUAACUGGAAUMAAAUUACUAUUUUUAUUCUAGUCGUUCUAUUUCUAUGUUGGGGGAGUAGA